AUGGGUGGCGCGUCUUCCGCAGCCGCUGGGGGCGGUGCCCCGCGGCGGAGGCCGCCCCCCGGGGAGGGCGGGGGAGGCACGGGGGAAGGGUCCCCCGCGGGGAGGCGCAGCCAACUCAGUGAGGGCCGGCGUGGCGGGACGGGCCGGCACGGCGCCUCCGCUGCCGCCCCUUCCUACCGCUGCGGCCGGCCCGCCGUGUCUGGCGGCGAGGUGCUGCCCGCGCUGUGGCGCAGCGACUGCACCGCCGCCGCGUGGAGGCAGGGGGAGGCACCGCUUGCGCAGGACGACAUUGUGCUCCUCUACAGAAUUGUGGUCCCCCGCCCCCCGUAUGAAGUGUGGGCCUUCUAUAAUGACACAGAAGACAUACAGUUCCAUGUAUCAAUUCGCUUUUACCCGCAUCCGGAGCAGAGGCGCGAGCUGCUGGCGCCGCUGGGCACCACCACGCUCGUGUGGCUGGAUGAGGGGAGGGAGGAUGAGGUUGACGGUGGCGGCGCGGUGGCAAAACUUGUCGUGGGCCCCACCGAAACGGCUCUUGCGGUGGAGGGGCACAUGGUUGCCUACCGCAUCGCCAUUAAUGGUUUCUCCACAGAUGUCGCAAUGCAGUAA